AUGAGGCUGUACUUAGUAGCCUUGCUGAUAUCGACAGCGCAUGCUCUUCCCGACGGCGCCCCGACGUCCGCCUGCAACACUCUAAAGCCCGUCCACGAAGGGGCCCUACCUCAAGCCAACCUGGCCCCUUACUCCGUCUUCGUGAAGCAACAGGGCGACGUCGUCCAGGUCACCAUCGGCUCGAACCUCGGCGUGCCCUUCCAAGGCUUCAUGGUGCAGGGGCGGACGCCCGAAGGGCGGGUAAUCGGCUCGUUUCAACUGCCCGGCGGCUCCCAGGCUCACACGAUCGACUGCAAGGGCGCCGGCGACACCGCCACCCACAACAGCCCCGAGAAGAAGGACCUGGUGAACCUGAUCUGGGUGCCGCCCACGGGCUACCAAGGAUCCGUCGUUUUCGCGUCGACGAUACUGCAGAGUUUCGAGACCUUCUGGGUGGGGCUGGAGUCCGAUGUGGUCGAGGUGCGACGCAGGUCCGUCAGACAGGAUUCCUUCUACAGUAACUGCGGUGUUACCAAGUACUGCUACGGGGCGCCCAUCGAUUGCGUCGACGCGCAGAACUGCAAAGUCGCGGUGGCGGUGACCUCGGUGGGGGAGGCCUUCGAUUUCGAGCUGAGGGCCAACGGGAACCCGGCUUGGGUGGGCGUAGGUCUCUCCGAUGACGCCAGAAUGGGCGACGAUUCCGUGGUGGAGUGCGUUAAAGACAAAACCACCGGAAAGGUGGAGGCUUUCUUGUCUUGGACUACGAUCAAUCCCUAUGGAGCUCCACGAUUGGAGAAGCCUCAGGAGGGUAUUAGAUUGUUGAAUGCCAGCGUAGAUGAAGAUGUGCUCUAUUGCAAGGUCAGAAGGGAUACUGUGACUAAUAUUAAGGGAACCGUUUUUGAUUUGAGGGCGAAUUCUUUCCAUGUACUUGUUGCUGCUGGUGCUGAGCUUAAAGACAAUUCCGUGGGCUUCCACGACCUCUCCUACCUAGCCAGCCCGGACCCGCAAGUUCUAUCGCCCAACUCCCAAUCCCUGUUCGUCAACCGGCCGGACAUCUCCACCACCACCACCCCGGCGUACUUCGAACCGCCGGCGGCCCGGCCGGCCGCCGCCGAAUUCGACGCCUUCUACGAGGGCUGCGCCGUCACCAAGAUGUGCUUCGGCGCGCCGGAGGACUGCGUGCGGACGCGCGCCUGCCGCGCCGCCGUCGCCGUCACCGUCGCCGGCGAUCGCUACGAUUUCGAGAUGAAGGCGACCGCCAACGCCGCCUGGGUGGGCGUCGGUCUCUCCGACGACGCCAAAAUGGGCGACGAUUCCGUCAUCGAGUGCGUCAAAACCGAUCGAGGCGUCCGGAGCUACAUGUCUUUGACCGGAAUCAAACCCUACCGAGCUGUCCGAUUGCAAAACCCACAACUCGGCAUAGAAUUGCUAAAUUCUAGCGUAAUCGACGACACCAUCUACUGCAAGGUGAGAAGAAGCCCCGUGACUCUAGUCGGCGGUACCACCUACGAUUUGACCAACAACAAGUACCACGUCCUUGUAGCCGCCGGUGAUUCGGCGACGCCUAAUAGUGUGGGUUUCCACAACGUCCAGCUGCCCAGCAAAGAGAAACUCUUCCUGUCGGACACCGCCGAGGUGGCGGCGCCUUCGAAGCUGCUGGUCCACCUUCACGGCGCCUUCAUGCUGGCCGCUUGGAUCGGCACCGCCUCGGUGGGGAUCCUCCUAGCGCGGUACUACCGGCAAACGUGGGUGGGCACCACCAUGAUGGGCAAGGACCUUUGGUUCGCUUGGCACAGGUUCUUCAUGGUGCUGACUUGGCUGUUUACUAUAGCAGCUUUCGUGAUUAUCUUCGUGGAGCUGCGCAAGUGGUCGGAGGAGAACAAUCCGCACGCGAUUUUGGGCACCGUUACGACGAUUUUGUGUUUCUUCCAGCCCAUCGGGGCUUACUUUAGGCCUCAUCCGGGUACUUCGAAGAGAUCCAUAUUCAAUUGGGCGCAUUGGUUGGCGGGAAACGCCGCUCAUAUCAUCGCAAUUGUUACGUUGUUUUUCGCUGUGAGAUUGACCAAAGCGGAACUACCGGAGGAAGUUGAUUAUAUUUUGGUUGCUUAUGUGGUUGUUAGCGUCGUGGCCCAUCUUCUACUAUCGAUUUUGUACGGGAUAUCAGAGAAAUCGGGAGAUAGCAGAGUCUCGUCCUUCCCGAUGAAGGAUUUGGGAGGUUCAGGAAGGAAUUCGGUGUACAACGACAGGAAUAUGGACGCUAGAUUUUCCACUGCGAGGAAGUUCAUUUUGGGCGUAUACAUUGUGAUAAUUCUCGUUUUGGUGAUAGGACUCAUUUUGAUAACAGUAUUUACACCGGCGAAGGAUUUGUUCCGGUAA